AGCUGCAGCCGUCGGUAGGGAGGUGCUAAUCCAUCGUAGCAGCUGGGAGCACUUUACCACGUGACGCGAGAGAUGUUAAGAGCAGCCAUCAUUAUUACACCUAAUUCAUGUCCAGCCUCAAAUGCUAAAAGAUAAGACGACGAGGACGCAGACAACUACGAUGGCGGAGGCGCAAACUCCACAGCCUUAGCGGGUUUCGUCCACUCCGCGAGCUCCGCCGCCUCACAACUUAGCAAGGAGUCUCCAAUAUCUGUUCCACACACACUCGAGGCUAAAAGGAUUGUUGAAUAAUUGUGGGGGUUUUGGUAUCGCCUCAGGUAGACUUCACUCAGCACCUCAUCUGACCUCGACUCGACUACACCUAGUGUCACAAAAGCACAAACCUGCUUUGCAGAAGUGCAGUGGCGAAAAGGGUGUAGGUCUGAAAACUCCCCUCAUUGGUGUCUAAAGGGGGGGUGGGGGGAGGAGGAGGCGGAAGGAGCUGCUUUAACCACCUGGAGCAUGGGGCAAAAAGUCCCAGGUGGCAUUAAAACCAUUGAUAUGCGGGAUCCUGCGUUCAGCCCCCUGAAGCUGGAGCUACAGGCCCUCAGUCACACCAAGCCGUCCCGACUGGACCUGCUGCUGGACAUGCCACCCGCCAACCUGGACGUCCAGGUUCAGAAUUCGUGGAAUAACGACGAUCGAUCCCUAAACAUCUUUGUCAAAGACGACAACAAGCUGGUGUUCCACAGGCACCCCGUGGCGCAGAGCACGGACGCCAUCCGGGGUCGCGUGGGCUACACGCGGGGACUGCACGUGUGGGAGAUCAACUGGGCCAUGCGGCAGAGGGGCACGCACGCUGUUGUUGGAGUGGCCACGAGCGACGCCCCGCUGCACUCGGUGGGCUACACCGCUUUGGUAGGAAGCAACGCGGAGUCCUGGGGCUGGGACCUGUGCAGGAGUAAACUCUACCACGAUGGCAAGAACCACGCAGGAAAGACGUACCCCGCCUUCCUCGAGCCGGACGACACCUUCAUAAUACCAGACUCCCUCCUAGUGGUCUUGGACAUGGAUGAGGGGACGCUGGGUUACAUAGUGGAUGGACAUUAUCUAGGCGUGGCUUUCAGAGGACUUAAGGGCAGAAAGCUGUACCCGGUGGUGAGUGCCGUGUGGGGACACUGUGAAAUACGAAUCCGGUACAUAAAUGGACUUGACCCUGAACCCCUCUCUCUGAUGGACCUGUGUAGGCGUUCGGUGAGGGUGGCAUUAGGAAGAGACCGUCUGAGUGAAAUCCACAGACUGCCUCUGCCAGCUUCUCUGAAGAACUACCUUCUCUACCAAUAGCAAUGCGGAAAGUCACAACGCACACCCUCAUCUCUUCCAUGUUUCUCUGGGAUCCUUUCUGGGUUGAACCCGUUUGACAGCAUUGCUUAAACCUCCAGGACUCACUCAGCCUCAUGGAUGACUGAGCUGUUUCACUUCUGCAUCAGUAGCUAUAGACUUAUUCUGUUUCUUAUCCUGUUUUUAUGACUCCUUGCAUUUGUGUUCUUUAACUUUUGUAAAAUCAGGAAUCACUGAACACUAUGCACAUGCUGAUCCAGGCGGUGCCCUGUCAGUCACUUUGUAGCUGUAACUCCUCCAGUUUGUACGUUGAUAUGGCAUUUGUGGUCAGUACCUCUUCGGUGACUUCCAGCCUCCAGUGUGCUGAAUUUCUGUUUUGUAGCCUUUUAAAUUUAAAUGCUGUUGUGCUCAAACAAAAUUAUAUUAUUGUGGGGGAUUGUGGACUUAGAAGGCACUACCCAUAUCUGACCAAAAGGUGGCAGCACAUACACAUCAACUUGUACAUUCCCUCAAGUUACGAAUUAUAACAUAAAAUACUUACGGCUUUUAUGAAAUGCAUUUUUAAAUGGAUAAUGAAUUAAAAUGCUAUUAACACAACACAGAAUGGAGAUGCUGACUACUCCAUGGUGAAUCUGUAGUACAGUGUGGAUGAAAGCACUGAGAGCAGCUCAUAGCCCUCACUGCACUCUCAGGUUUCUCUGCGCUAUGGAAGUGGCCCAUAACUUUCCAUCAGGCAUCUAACAUCAGCAGAGCUUUUUAAAGAGGUUAAUGUCACUGUGAUUACUUGUAGCAUGCAUCUGCAGGAUUUUUCUUCACUUUUUUUGUAGUUUCAUAGUUUUCAGCCACAUGCUUUCAAAGCCCAACAGCGCACUUUGCUCGUUUUGAUUUGAAUUCGACCAGUGUCUCUGGCUCAUUUCACAGGUUUGCACAUGUUAAACCACAGAGUGGAAAUUCAUUUGUGAAAUGGCUACUCCGGGGUUGUUGGUUAGGAUCAAAAGUGUGCUGAUCCGGGCUGUCAUUGGCACAUAGCUGAGAACUAUCAAUGUAAUAUUUGUUUCAUAACAAACAAAGGAAGAGGGUUUAGGUAACGGACUACGUAGGUAAACGCUGUGCCUAAAUCCACCAACCUCAGAAAAAUAAAGACUGAAAGAGACAAUCCACAAAGUGCUGCACAAAUGUAAUAAAAAAAAUGCCAACAUGUCAAAUGCCAUAUCAUGGACUUGUCAACUUUAGUAUUUUUAAAUGUGCAGAGGUAGUUCUUUUUCAGCAGCGAUGGAUAUGGACACACUGUACCACACCUUACUUUUCCUUGCCUGCAACUUCAAUUUUAUUUGUAUUCUUUGUUGUAGAUUUGUUUAAGUAUCUAUUAAAGAUUAUUUCAAAUAAUUA